GAAAUAUUUAUUGCUAAGAGUGACAAAUAUAUACAAAGAAAGGACCCAAUAUGGGCUUAAUUUACGUUCAAAUAUUAUUGAAAUAACUAUAAACAUAAGAAACGAAGUUCAGUGCGAAAGACCCCUAUAGUUGUUUUCAGUAACUCUAAUCAUUACACUUGGGGCCUCGGUGACCGAAUAGUCCUAGUAGUUCAUUCACCAGCCUGUCAACACUGCCUUUGUGAGUUCGAACCCCUCACGUGGCAGGUGCGUUCGAAUCUAAUCUUAAUUGACUUGGAUUGACCGCCAUGAUAUGCCCAAUAGUGCUGAAAGUGAGAAUAAUGACCAACAAAUCAAUCAAUCAAUCAAUCAUUCCGUUUGGAAAAGUCAAACAUACACAAAAUUUAAGAAUAUUUGAACCAAAACAUCAUUGGGAUCAUUGAUGUUAUGAUAUAUACUGCAACUGAAAGGAAUAGUGAACAAUAUAUUAUAAAAACACUUUCGAAAUUCAUCAAUUUCUCAGCAUCGCUUGACUUUUGGCCUACCGUUCUUUGCUCUUAACUAUUAACUGUCGCAUGAUUAAAGGGAUUCCAAAUAAUUUUUCAGAAUCUUUGGUUGUACCCUGGCAGAAGUCGAACGUACUACAUCCCUAGGCCUGGCAUCCUGGCCCAACAUCCUCUUCAUGUAAAGUGAGCCAGCAUCUCAGACUUACUAGGGCCUCGGUGGCCAAGUGGUCUAAGUAGUCGAACUACUGUAUCACUAGCCUAUCAACACCGAGAUUGUGAGUUCGAUUCCGGCACAUGGCAGGUGCUUUCAACUCCAACCUUAAUUGACUAGGAAUGUCAGUUUUCCUACCGAAGGUUAAUGGAUCUCUCCGGGCACUCCGGCUUCCUCCAUCAAUAAAAACUGACCGCCUCGAAAUAGCGCAAUAGUGCUGAAAGUGCUGUUAAACACCAACAAAUCAAUCAAUCAAUCUCAGACUUACUAGCUCCCGUACUCUAGGCCAAAAUAUCUGACUACCAAUUUGAAACCAUGUUCAAAAAGAUACAAACUAAAGCCAGAAUGCUAUCCUAUAUAAUUAUAUAAUGUUCACAGACCUAUUUCUAAAGAAUCAAAAACGAUCACAAGAAGAGAAGAUAAAGAAUAAAAAUCCUGUGGAAACUUUUAAUCUUAAUUGAAACGUUAAUUAACCCUGAAAUACUGAUUUUCUCAUUAGUAUGAAAAAAAUGAUUUCAUUUAAACUUUUUUUAAAUGUGUUGAAAUUUCUUAGAUCACUACAUGUUACCCAGAUUGUUAAACUGUAAAAAGUAGGCUUUCCAUUGCUCAUAUUUUGUUAAUUUAUUCAAAUUGGAUAGGAUGGCUCGACCCGCUGACGUCAAAUAUUCUCUGCGUAUAAUUGAAUUCAUAUGCCAAUUUUGUAUUUUAAAAGAUUUCUGAAAACUACGGAAAAGAUUGCUGAAGAUGCAAAACCCAUACACAGCCCGAUAGAUGCCUUCCACUUACUGAAAAGAUGGGUUGACGACUGGCAGAAAUGUUUCGACAUUGCAUUGUGUUCAGAAUGUACAAUUGAUGAACCAGAAAUAGAAUUUAAUUCAAGUCGGAGUAUCAUUGAGAGUCGUCUUGGUGGAUGGCCACAACGAAGUGAUUUGGAUGCCACGGUAGAAGCCAUAUUCCGUCUUUGGGAUGUGUAUGAAUUCGAUUUGCGUGAUUUUUUACAUGGAAAGAUAUUCAAGUACCAAACCGAACCUUUGACCCCUUUGGAGGUCAUUUACAUUGCUAACAAAGCAGAAGAUGCACAAAACAGUUAUAAUUCAAUAACAUUUCUAGAAGCGUUGUUGCAUGAAAUUGAAGACGGGACCUUACCUAACAGCCCUGUGGAUAAAACAAAAUUGUCUAGAAUGAUCGCCUCUGCUUAUAACAGGAAUAACAUGCCAUGGAAGUCGGUAGAACUUUUGAAGGAACGUGCUAAAGAAGAACCAGAAAAUAAAAGACUCCAGAAUGAUUUUAAGUACUUCGAAUCAAGAGCAAAUAGCAUAUUGGACAAUGUGACGGUUUUAGAAAAACCAAAUACAAAUAUUAUAAUGAUUAUUCCAACCACGAGGAUCUUCUACGAGGAGGAUAUGAUAAGAAAAUAUAAAACUUUAUGUAGAAGGAUUAUGAAGAGUCACAGACAUUUAUCUAGGCUGUUUUGCUUCUACAAGACGACUGAUAUUCCAAUUUUUCGCGUUAAAGCUGAAUUGGCGAAUAUAAAGCCAAAUAUAUAUUUAUUUCACGACGUAAUAUCAGACAAUGAAGUGGACUAUUUACGGAAUACAAGCAGCGAAAAGAUGACACGAUCUACAAUUCUUGAAGACCUCAGUAAAGGAACCAUGAAAGUAGCUGAAAAUAGAAUAAGUAUGACUGCAUGGUUAUCUGACAUUCAAUAUCCCAUACUCAAAAGAAUAACAUCACGUGUGAAAAUGAUAACAGGACUUGAAACUGAAUAUAAAGAAAGAUUCAGCAACACAGAACAAUAUCAGGUAGUAAAUUAUGGAGUUGGUGGAAUGUAUAGACCACAUCUAGAUGCAUUGUUUGAAGCAGCCAGCAAAUCAUCAGGACCUGAUACAAAUGAAUCUGGGGAGAGAAUAGCAACGGUUAUGUUUUAUCUUUCUGAUGUAAUGUAUGGCGGCGCAACUGUGUUUCCUAAUGUAAAGGCCAGGGUAUCAGUAAAAAAGGGGUCUGCUGCGUUUUGGUAUAAUACACAUCUCGAUGGUGAGGUAGACACUAGAAUGUGCCAUGCAGGAUGUCCUGUACUUGUUGGAUCAAAAUGGGUGAGCAAUAAAUGGAUUCGAGAAAAUGGACAACUCUUUAAAAAACCAUGUGGACUAAAACAUCAUUUACAAGAUACAAAGUUAUAGCAGAAUAACAUCAUUGUAUUGUCAUUACAAAUCUUAUAAUCUGUAGCUGAUAAUCAAAAAAAAAAUAAAAAUUAGG